AUGAAGAUAAUCACGUGGAACUGUCAGGGUAUCAAGGGUGACCUGACAGUUGACAACCUGCUGGAGCAGAACCGGCUUCACACCCCUGACAUGGUUAUUCUGCUGGAAACUAAGAAUAAAAGUAGGAGUUUUGCCCAUCUGAAAAGGAGACUGGGUAUGGAACACUGGUUCGCUGUUGAGCCUCGCGGCAUUGGAGGUGGCUUAUGUGUUUUCUGGAGAGAUGCAACCUCUGUGGUGUUAAUGAAAUCGGAGGACUUUUUGGUAGAACUCAAAUUGUGGGAUGAGAAGAUGAACUGUAACUGGAGGCUAUUCGCUAUUUAUGCUAGUACGGAUGAUAAGAAGAGAAGGGAGCAAUGGCAAGAAGUUUCUAAGCGUAUUGGACAAGAUCGGGACCGCUGCCUCCUCCUAGGAGAUUUCAAUGAUAUUCUUUGUAACGAAGAGAAUGAGGGAGGGAAUUACAGACCGGCUGCUAGUCUACGUGACUUUAGAGAUUUUGUGGCUCGUGAUGAACUCAUGGAUCUGGGCUAUGAAGGUUACCCCUUUACCUGGAGAAAUAAAAGAGAGUCCCUGCCUAUUCAGCAACGCCUUGACCGUGGGUUGGCGACCUUAGGCUGGUAUGAAAUGUACCCCAACACAAUAAUCAAGCAUGUGAUAUUGGAAGGAUCGGAUCACGCCCUUUUGAUUCUCUCGACUGAUAAAGGUCCGAAUUGGAAGGGAAAGAAAUUUUCAUUCGAUGGGCGUUGGAGCAAGUCGGAAGAGUGUCGUAAGUUGGUUGGGGAAGAUUGGAGAGUUCAGAUUUAUGGCUCACAUGCGUACCGUUUUUGUGAAAAACUGAAAUAUCUUAGAAGAAGUUUAAAAGCCUGGUACAAAGGAAGAGGAAGGAACUCGUUGAAACUGAUUCAGCAUCUGAAAGAAGAGAUAAGGGCGGCCUACGAAACUAAUGAGUUUGCCUCAAAGGAUGUUAUAAAAAAAGAGAGGGAGCUCAUUGCUGCUCAUCAGAAGGAGGAGGCUUACUGGAAAGUUAAAUCCAGGAAUCAAUGGCUACGCGAGGGUGAUAAGAACACCAAAUUUUUCCAUGCUCAAACGCUAAAAAGGCGCCGGUUUAAUACGAUCCGAGGAAUAGAGGACGCCCGGGGGAUCUGGCAGGAAAGUUCUGAAGGUAUUGGUAAUACGGCUAUUGAUUAUUUUACUGAACUUUUUCAAUCCUGUCAGCUUAAUCUGGUGGCGGAAGUUCAGAGUUGCAUGGAGGGUCGGCUCUCCCUAGAGGACAACCGAGGUUUAACUGCUAUGGUCUCCGAAUGUGAAAUUUUGGAGGCUGCUUUUCAAAUCCCUCCUACUAGAUCUCCGGGUCCUGAUGGUUUCUCUGGCUGUUUUUACCAAGAUCACUAG